AUGCACCACAGCCCAACCACCACCACACCCACCAGCGCCAGCACACCACCAUCACCACCAGCCCUCAUCACCACACCAAGCCCCAGCACCACCACCAGCCCCAGCACCAGCAUCACCAACUUCAUGCAUCACCAGUCACCAGCACUAUCACACCACAAACCACCCUCACAACCAUCCCCAGGCACCACCAGCACCGCAGCCCCAACCAUCAUCACCACCAUCCCCAUCACCACCACCAUCCCCAUCACCACCACCACCAUCACCACCACCAUCACCACCACCAUCCCCAUCACCACCACCAUCCCCAUCACCACCACCAUCCCCAUCACCACCACCACCAUCACCACCACCAUCACCACCACCAUCCCCAUCACCACCACUAUCCCCUUCACCACCACCAUCAUCACCACCAUCCCCAUCACCCCUCAGCACCACCCACCAGCCACCACCACCAGCCCCAGCACCACCAGCCCCACACCAACACCAGCCCCAGCAACACACCACCAGCCCAGAACCACCACCAGCCCCAGCACCACCCACUCAGCACCCCACCAGCCCCAUCACCACCACCAGCAGCAGCACACCCACAGCAACAACCAAAUCCCCAUCACACCACCAUCAUCACCACAAAUCACCACCACCAUCCCCAUCACCACCACCAUCCCCAUCACCACACCAUCCCCA